AUGGACACUGCCAUGCAACUUCUAACCUUUAUGCUACUUGUUCUUCAAGCAACAUCAAGUUCAUCACCCCUUGACAAAUUUUUCCAAUGUCUUUCAAACCAUUCCCCUCCUUCAAACCCUGCAUCAAACGCCAUAUACACACCAAACAACUCCUCAUUCUUAUCCAUCUUGCACAUGCGUACAUAUAAUCACAGGUUUUCUGCACCAACAACACCAAAACCUCUAGCCAUUGUAACACCAUUGCACGAGUCUCACGCGCAAGGCACUGUUAUAUGUGCCAAGAAUCAUGGCCUGCAGAUUAGAAUCCGAAGUGGUGGCCAUGAUUGUGAAGGCCUUUCAUAUGUAUCAGACGUGCCGUUUGUUAUACUUGACAUGUUUCAUUUUGAAUCAGUUGAUGUUGAUCUUGCAAAUGGAACAGCUUGGGUUCAAGUUGGAGCAACACUGGGUCAAGUUUACUAUCACAUUGCAGAGAAAAGCAAAACGCAUGCUUUCCCGGCUGGGGUUUGUCCCACAGUAGGCGCUGGGGGUCACUUCUCUGGCGGUGGUUAUGGAAAUCUUAUGAGAAAAUACGGCCUUUCUGUGGAUAAUAUCAUUGAUGCGAGGCUUAUUGAUGUCAAUGGUAAAAUCCUUGACAGAAAAUCAAUGGGAGAAGAUCUAUUUUGGGCUAUCAGAGGAGGUGGUGGAGCCAGUUUUGGUGUCAUCCUUUCAUGGAAGAUCAAAUUGGUUCAGGUAACUCCUAAAGUGACGGUGUUUAAAGUGAGAAGAACCUUGGAAGAUGGUGCAACUGAUGUUGUUUACAAAUGGCAGCUAAUUGCUACAAAAUUACCUGAAGAUGUUUUCAUUAGAGUGAUGCCUGAAGUUGUCAAUCUUGGUACUCAAAAGGGUAAAAAAACCAUACAAGUAACUUUCAUUGGUCUAUUCUUGGGUCAAAUUGAUAAAUUAUGGCCUUUGUUAAAUGAGACUUUCCCUGAACUGGGUUUGCUGCAUAGUGACUGCACUGAAAUGCCAUGGAUCAAUUCCACUCUUUAUUGGGAUGGUUAUCCAAUUGGAACACGCAUUGAAGCUUUGCUGGAUGUGGCCACAGGGCCACUUUCACACUCGUACAAAACUAUGUCAGAUUACGUGAAGAAACCCAUUCCAAAGACAGGUCUAGAAUCCAUUUGGGAGCUUAUGAUUAAGUUUGAGUGUGUGCGGAUGGAGUGGAAUCCUUAUGGUGGGAAGAUGUACGAGAUUUCAGCAUCAGAAACUCCAUUCCCUCAUAGAGCAGGGAACUUAUUCUUGAUUGAGUACUUGACGUCUUGGGGGGAAGAUGGAGUUGAGGCAAGGAAUCAUUACUUGAACAUUUCUAGGUCAUUCUAUGAAUUUAUGACCCCAUAUGUUUCAAGCUCGCCAAGGGAGGCAUUCAUCAAUUAUAGGGAUAUUGAUAUUGGCGCUAAUCAUCCAAGCAAUGCAACAAGUGUGGAUAUUGCUCGAAGCUAUGGGAGCAAGUAUUUCCGUGGUAAUUUUGAAAGAUUAGUGCAUGUGAAAUACAGGGUUGAUUCCGAGAACUUCUUCCGAUAUGAACAGAGUAUACCACUUCUUUCCCAUUAA